AAAGCGGCGGGGCGGCAGGGGGUCCGCUCCCCGGCGCGGUGCGGCCGCGGGGUUGGGGGGUCGUCUAAGAUGGUGGACGUGUUCGCGGGGCGGCUGCUGGUCGGCAGGGACGGGCGCAGCGUGGACCCCGAGGAGGCGCUGCAGAACAAGGUGGUGGGCUUGUACUUCUCGGCCGGCUGGUGCGCGCCCUGCCGCGACUUCACCCCCGUGCUCUGCGACUUCUACACCGAGCUGCUGGAGGAGAGCCAGCCGCCUGCGCCCUUCGAGGUCGUCUUCGUCUCCUCCGACCACAGCGCCGAGGAGAUGGCGGGCUACAUGCGCGCCAUGCACGGCGACUGGCUGGCGCUGCCCUUCCACGACCCCUACAGGCAUGAUCUGAAGAAGAAAUACAACAUAACAGCAAUUCCUAAACUGGUGAUUGUGAAACAAACCGGAGAAGUCAUUACUGACAAGGGAAGAAAACAGAUCAGAGACAAAGGGCUAUCCUGUUUUCGGAACUGGCUUGAGGGUGCAGAUAUCUUUCAGAAUUUUUCUAGCUAAAUAUAAGUUGAGAGAUGAAAUCAAGGCAAGAAAUCAUGGAAAACUUUGUAGAGCUCUCAAAUGAUUGUCAUCUUCAGAACAAGAAGGGUGAGGCUGCAUUAUUUAUCUUUGUUUGAAAACAAAAUUUGUUUUCAACUUGAAGAUUAGCUAUUCCAUUAAGUUAUAAAACGCAAUUCCUAUUUUACAAUUACUUGUAUUGUUUUAUCUACUGUAUUCAGUAUGAACCAAAGCAUUCCUGAUAAUACAGAAGAACUUAAAGAGAAUAGCCUAUUUUAGAUAGUAAUUUAGAUAGUAAUAAAGAAGCACUAUAAUAUCUAUGCAAAUAACUUAUUUUGCAAAAUCUGUACAGUAAAAAUCUUAUAUUCACAAACCUAUUUUUCUUGGUGAUCUUUUCUGGGGAUUAACACAUUUUGUCAAGAAAAUCAAAUUAAAUUGUUUGCUUUAAUAAACAUUUGUGAAGUAUACAAA